UCUGUGGUGUCGAUGUCGAUCAACGCUUGAAGGUCAGUCGAACUUGUCAUGACAGUUUUACUUUUAUGCCGGAGAAAACCAUUUUCACGAUUUAAGAUGGGCCUCGAAGAAUAUUGUUGUGUAUGUGUGAAAAAAAAUUCACACUUGAAAAACAUCAAGGAAACAAAUGGAAAUGAUUUAAGUUAUCAACAUAAACUAUCAGUAUGUGCUCCUGAUCAGAAAUGGGAUGAAGACUAUAAUAUCUGCAAAAAUUGCAUUGAAAAAUUGGCGUUUUCUUACGAAUUUAUACAGAUUUGCAUACUUAGUGAAGAACUUCGAAAAGGACAGUUAUUGAUGUUAAUUGAGGAAGGUGAUUGUAAAAAAGAAAUAGAGGACAUGAAGUCCUUUUAUGAAUGUGAUAUAUGUAAAAAACAAUUCAAGUUGAAGCGGUCUCUCAAAUCUCAUAUUACAAGAAUACAUAAAAAGCAAAGUGAUGAUGAAAGUAAUGAAGAUUCAAAAAUAGAUAAAAUGCUACUGUAUGUACAAGAUCUUAAAUCUGAGAAGAUGGACACGAAAGAAGAUUCUACAGAGGAUUUUAUCGAUCGGGAUGAAAAUUAUUCCUCUGAAGAUGAAGUGAAACCGAUGUUAGAAACAAAGAAAAAAGUAAAUAAGAGAAAAAAUCCUCUUACUUGUGAGUAUUGUGGUAAAGUGUUUCAUCGGAGACAACAUUAUUCUGCACACAUUCGUGCCAAACAUACUUUUGAAAAGCCAUACCAGUGUGAUAUGUGUGAUGCAAAAUACACUAAUUCUCAUGGUUUGUUGGUUCAUAAAAGAAACCAUAACAAUGAAAAACCAUUUAUAUGUUCAUACUGUGGCAAAUCCUUUGUUUGCUCAGGUGACCUGUAUCAUCACAGUAAAAUACAUUUAAAUAAAAGGGAAUAUAAGUGUAACAUGUGUGAGAAAAGUUUUAAUACUGCAAGUAUUUUACGAACACACAAGAUAUGUAUGCAUACAGAGCCUAAUGAAUGGAAAUAUGUAUGUAGUUACUGCUCCAAAAGGUUUCCUAUAAAUUCCAGUUUAGCAACUCAUCGAAAGAGACAUAUUGGCAUCAAAGAUUGUAGUUGUCAUAUAUGUGAGAAAAAAUUCUUUGACAAAUCAGACUUAAUGAAGCACUUAAGAAGUCAUUCCAGUGAACGAUUGUUCAAAUGCAAUAUUUGCCAUGAUAAAGAGUAUAAAAACCAUCAUGGCUUAAGGAAACAUAUGAAGAUUAUACACGACAUUGGAACAAUGAAAAUUAUAAAACCAGAAAAGAGAUUUUUGUGUCCCAUGUGUCCUAAAAUAUUUGCUUUCAAUAACAAACUACAAAAACAUUUGUGCACUCAUACAGGUGAGAAACCUUUCAAAUGUCCCUGUUGUGACAAAAAAUUUAUAGAUAACUAUUAUAGAAAAAUUCAUUUGAAGAAAAAACAUAAUAUUGAGUCACCUAGUGAACAUAUCUGAUAAAUAUUCAAUGAAAGUGUUUGUUUGUGUAAGUUAUUGUUACAAAGGCUUCACGUGUUGUUAUAGAUUCAUAUGUUUGUAAAAUUACAUAUAUUUGGUACUGC